AUGGCUCCAUUGCAGUUCUACCUCGCCAACGCCUUCGCCUCGACUCCCCACGGCGGCAACCAGGCGGCCAUCGUCCUCCUUCCUUCCGGCGAUGCUCGUGCGUCCGACGAGAAGUGGAUGUCCAAUGUCGCUAAGGACUUUGCGCUUCCGAUGACUGCCUUCUGUGAGGAGAUCGACGCAGCUGCGGGGCAGUACUCGAUGCGAUGGUUCACACCGGCAGGUAUGGAAUCCCCUCUGUGCGGGCACGCGUCGCUCGCAACCGCCGGCGUGCUCUUCCCUUUCUUCCCCUCCCUCAAGGCUCUCAGCUUCAAGACGCAGAAGCGGGGCACGAUCGUGGCGACGCUGAACGGGCUGGAGAACGGCGCUAUUGACGUCGGCCUCUCCCUCCCGAUCGCGGAGGCGCCGCAACCCUCCGCUGACACUGCGGCCAUGUUCGGCCCCGUCAUCUCGCGCGCGACGGGCCUUACGCCGGACAAGUUUGUCCAGUUUGCCCGGAUCGAGCACGGCGAGGGCGUCAUUGCCGAGCUCACGCCGGACGUGGAUCUGCAGAACCUGCCCGUCGACACGAGCAAGCUCCUUCCCGAACUGAAGCACCAUGGUGUCCUGACGCAGGUCGUCGGCCAGGGCGAGGGAGGCGUCCGCAUUAACUCGCGCGUGUUCGUGCCCGCUGUCGGUAUUCCGGAGGACCCCGUUACCGGAUCCGCCCACGCCCUCCUGACGCAGUACUACCUCGCUGGUCCCGGAGCGCCGCGCAUCACGGCCGUCACUGGCGUGCAGAACGCAACCGCCGAUGCGCAGGGCACGACGCUGGAUGCGCACCAAGUCUCGGUGCGCGGGGGAGCGAUGAAGUGCCAGCUCGUCGACGGGCGGGCCCAGGUCGUAGGCCGCGUCUACCAGUGGGCCGAGGGCAAGCUGAACUCGCCAUGA